AUGUUUUCUUCAAAACCCGCAACUCCCUCAACCGGGCUUUCCAUCAACACGAAUUCCGCCAAUUCUCUCUUUGGUGGCAAUUCUAAUCAAGCGACGAACACUACAAGUACGCCUGGCUCCACAGGUGCCUCUGGAGGGCUUUUCGGGACGGCCGCGCAGCAACCCAAGCCAGCUGGCAGCUUAUUUGGAAACACUGGGGCCACAAAUACACAGCAAUCUCAAUCUUCUGGGUCCAACAUGUUUUCAGGGUUGGGUGGUCAGCAAAACAGCACAUCGGGUGGUGGAUUAUUCGGCAACACCACAGCGAAUACCACACAACAACAGUCCGGUGGCCUUUUCUCUGGCGCCGGAGGCGCCAGUAAUACCACAACACAAACUGGUAACACGGGAGGAUUAUUCGGAAACACAGGAGCGGCAUCCACAAGUCAAGCUCAGUCUAAGCCCUUCAGUCUAGGCGGCUCUACAAGUGGUGGUAUCUUUGGUGGUGCAGCCUCGAAUGCCGGUCAACAACAACAGCAGCAGCAGCCUGCAAAACCAACACUCUCGCUUUUCGGAAACCAGAAUUCUACCGCACAACAACCCGCACAGCAGACAACAACAACCACGCCCGGGGCUGGAACAGUAAUCCCCGGUGUUAAGGUUGAUAUUAGCAAUCUUCUACCCACCACGAAGUACGAAAGCUGCGCCGAUGAGGUUAAGGCAGAGCUAGAGCGAUUCGAUACUUUUGUGCUCAACCAAAUAAACAUGUGCAAUGAAGUUGCCAAUCUGGUUCCCUCCGUGGCGGCCCAAGGCGGUACUAUCCCUAAUGAUGUGGAAUAUGUUCAGGGCAAACUGGAAACAAUGCAGCAUGCGUUGGAAAAUGACGCCAGCGAUAUUGAUCAGCUACGUACCCUGGUUACCCGAGACGCAGCCGAAGCCCAGGUUGCAUUCCGUGCUAUCGAUACCCUUAAACUUCCGCUGCAGUACCAGUCGACCGGGGGCUCUGGAUGGUGGUCCGCUCAAGAUCAGAAGGUAUCGGACCCACAAUUACUACGCUCAACGCGGAAAAAUACGCUCGCACUCCCCGAUGAUGUCGAAGGUGACCCAUCCGCAAGUAGCAUCAAUGGAGUUCCAGUGAACCUGGUAGAGUAUUUCUCCCAACGAUCUGACGAGAUGGGCAUUGUUCUGGAGCGGUAUACGCGAAACUUGAAGGAGAUCGAAGACCACCUCCAUGGGGUUGAAUCAACUCUAGAAAGACAGAUCCAUGACUUCACAACUUCUCGGAAUCGCGAUAGCACAGGAGGUGGUGCACCGAAAUCAAUCCUCAACGACCUCGCCGCCGUUCUGGCCGAUGUCGAGACGGGUAUCCUAGGUGUUGCCAGCCGCCUAGGUACAGUUACCGAGCAAGCGCAGGAAGUUGUGCUUGGUGCGCCGUCUGGUCUAAGGCAUGUUUAA